UCUCGAUCUUUCGCGAGUCUCAAAUGGCAUCGCUUCGUGCGACGAGCGCCGCUGCGGCGGCGGCCGGGGCAGUAGUCGCCGCUCUGAUGGAGCGCGCGCAUGCGGAUAGCCCCUUCCGCUUCUCCUCUGGUUCUUCUACGCCUGCUGAUGCCUCGAGUUCGCCUUCGUCGCGGGGAUUUGAUCCAGAGGCUUUGGAGCGGGCGGCGAAAGCUUUGAGGGAAAUUAACAGCUCUCCUUAUUCCAAGCAGGUGUUUGAGUUGAUGCGGAAGCAGGAGGAGACUCGUCAAGAGGAGAUAGCGGCGGAGAGAGCACAUUUGGAAGCUUUUCAAUCUCAUGCUGACAUUGAAAAGCAGAGGAAAUUGGCUGAAGAACAAAGGAAUUUAGUCCAACAACAAGGACAAGCUAAGGCACAAAUGGCUCGAUAUGAAGAUGAAUUGGCACGAAAAAGAAUGCAGACAGAACAUGAGGUCCAAAGGCGGCAAAAUGCUGAACUUGUAAAGAUGCAAGAGGAAUCCUCCAUAAGAAAAGAGCAAGCAAGGCGUGCCGCCGAAGAACAGAUUCAAGCACAAGUAAGACAGACUGAGAAAGAACGAGCUGAGAUAGAGCGGGAAACAAUUAGAGUCAAAGCAAUGGCAGAGGCUGAAGGCCGUGCUCAUGAGGCGAAGCUUACAGAAGAGCAUAACAGGAAAAUGCUCUUAGAGCGCAUGAAUGGCGAAAAGGAAAAAUGGAUUGCUGCCAUCAAUACAACAUUUGGCCACAUUGAAAGUGGUGUACGGAUGUUAUUGACUGAUCGAAAUAAACUCAUAACUGCUGUCGGAGGGGUCACUGCUCUUGCCGCUGGUGUUUACACCACUAGGGAAGGUGCUAGAGUUACAUGGGGUUACAUCAAUCGGAUAUUGGGUCAGCCUUCACUAAUCCGAGAAUCAUCCAUGUCAAAAUUUCCAUGGUCGAGAAUAACUUCAGGUGUGGGAAGCAAAUUAUCCAAUUUAAGCACAUCUGCUGGGAGUGUUGCCUCAAAAGAAAGUAAGUCGAGCUUUGAAAAUAUCAUACUUAACCCAUCACUGAAAAGGAGGAUUGAACAACUUGCUCGGGCUACUGAAAAUACCAAGUCUCAUCAAGCACCAUUCCGCAAUAUGCUAUUCUAUGGACCUCCUGGUACGGGGAAAACUAUGGUUGCGAGGGAGAUGGCUCGAAAAUCAGGCUUGGAUUAUGCAAUGAUGACUGGAGGAGAUGUGGCACCUUUAGGUUCAGAAGCUGUUACAAAGAUUCAUGAGAUAUUUGAUUGGGCUAAGAGGUCAAAAAAAGGUUUAUUGCUAUUUAUUGAUGAGGCCGAUGCGUUCUUAUGCGAGCGUAACAGCACUCGCAUGAGUGAAGCACAACGGAGUGCUCUGAAUGCUUUGCUUUUUCGAACCGGUGAUCAAUCAAGGGAUACAGUCCUUGUCCUUGCCACAAACAGACCUGGUGAUCUUGAUGCAGCUAUCACAGAUCGAAUAGAUGAAGUGAUUGAAUUUCCACUCCCCGGAGAGGACGAGCGCUUCAAACUGCUCAAACUCUAUUUGAACCAAUACAUUUAUCGUGAUGAUCACAAUAAAAAUAAUUCUGGGCCGAGCUCCUUAUUCAAGAAAAAGCCUCAGAAGAUACUUCUGAAGGAUGUGACUGAUGAUGUGAUACGCGAGGCAGCACGGAAGACAGAAGGUUUCUCUGGCAGGGAGAUUGCGAAGCUCGUAGCUAGCAUCCAAGCAGCUGUAUAUGGUCAACAUGACUGCAUAUUAGAUGCUCCACUGUUCAUGGAAAUGGUGGAUUACAAGGUCAAGGAACAUCAUCAGCGUGUUCAGCUUGCUGCUCAAAGUAGCAAAUGAACUUCUUGAGCGAUUUUGUGAACUUAUUCUGGUAUGAUCCAAUUUUGCUUAGGGGUCAUUCAUCUAAGAGAUCCAAUAUUUUUUGAGCAAUUGCUCUACACUUGUUCUGGUUCUGCACUUUUUCAUCCAAUUUUUAUGUUAUGUAAAAUUUAGAAAUCUAAGAUGCUACUUUCUUCUGGUAGUGCUUCUCUAUA